AUGCCAGUCCGUCCUGCCACAAAGGCCGACCUCCCGAUUAUGGCCGCCAUCAUGGCCGCGUCGUUUGGUCCUGACCCCUUAUUCCAAGUGAUGUUUCCGCAUCAGUCUCAACAUCCCGAGGCAUUUUUGCAGGCGUUCGAAGAGUAUCUGUGGCUCUCUUGGUACGACUACGGGAGAUGUCUACUUGUGUCCUACCACAAGACCUCCACAGAAGCAAGCCAAAGCCAACAAUAUGGAAAGACCGAAGAAAAAGCUCGGGAGACAGAGCCACUACUUUUCCGGAAUGCGAGGCUGAUUGUGAGGAAGAAUCAAGUCCUCACUGGUGUUGCAGAAUUGGAGCGAGUGGGCAGGGGAUGGGAGCACAUCUACGGAAUCUGGGGGUUACUUGAUCCACGUCUUUUGAUCAGGCCCCUAUUGGCCGCCUUUUACACCUUCCGCCGUCGCGUCUAUGGUAACGAAGCAGCCGCCCAGGCAACUCGAGACAAUCCUUCACCUCUCACGUACUGGAAUUUCCUGCCGUCCAUCAUUCCGUUCAGCUCGCCCUUCUUCAGUGCCCCUCAUCGACAAAGGCACUGGUCAUUGGAAACUCUCGCCAUCCAUCCUGACCACCAAGGGAAGGGUUAUGGGAACAAGCUUGUCAAGGAAGCGUUACAGGUGGCCAAGACCGACCCCGUCGGCGAUUUUCCCGUCUGUGUCAUCGCUGCAGAUGGCAAAGAAGGAUUUUACGAGAAAUGUGGAUUCCGGCACCCCGUUGGCAGGUUAAGUGAGACAAUAGAUGCUAGUGGUGGUGCCAAUCCUUUGAGAGCGAACGGCGUUGGUGGAGGCGCUGUGCUGUGGACAAGAUGA